UUAUUUCUACUGAAUUUGGCUCUAUAUGUUGUCGGUGUAUCCUAUGUUGACUUGAAACUCCCACCGGACCGCAGAACAUGGAGAACGAAUCCACAAAGAAAUGGGGUUUUCAAGUUCACCAAAGGUUCAAGACAGAAUCUGCAAUAACACUUCGAGCGGCGCUUACUAGCUUAACUGAAAAUAUUGACCAAAACGACUCAAGACCAACCAUUCCUCUGGGCCAUGGCGACCCCUCCGUGUUUCCUAGCUUUCGAACUGCUAAUGUAGUGGAAGAUGCCAUCAUUGAUGCCGUUAGAUCCACCAAGUUUAACUGCUAUGGACCAUUCUUUGGUAUUCUCCCAGCUAGAAGGGCCGUUGCAGAUUAUCUCAACGGAGACCUCCCAUAUACGUUGUCACCAGAUGAUGUUUAUCUUACCCUUGGAUGCAAGCAGGCAAUAACAGUUAUAUUAUCAGUCCUUCUCCGUCCUGGUGCCAACAUUUUGCUUCCAAGACCUGGUUGGCCAUACUAUGAAACUUUCACAAGACAGAACAAUGUUGAAGCUCGCCUUUUUGAUCUUCUUCCAGAAAAGGGUUGGGAGGUUGAUCUUGAUGCAGUGGAAGCCCUUGCAGAUAAGAAUACUGUUGCCAUGGUUAUCAUUAAUCCUGGCAAUCCUUGUGGAAAUGUCUUCACUUACCAACAUCUGCAGAAGAUUGCAGAAACAGCAAGAAAACUUAGGAUUAUGGUAAUUUCUGAUGAAGUCUAUGACCAUCUCACAUUUGGGAAUACCCCUUAUGUGCGAAUGGGAGUAUUUGGAUCAACAGUGCCUGUUAUUACCCUUGGAUCUAUAUCAAAGAGAUGGAUAGUGCCUGGCUGGCGGCUUGGUUGGCUUGUGACAUGUGAUCCCAAUGGCAUCCUUCAGAAAUCAGGGGUUGUUGAUUCCAUCAAGGAAUAUAUCAAUAUCACCUCGAAUCCUGCAGCAACCUUAAUUCAGGGCGCAGUUCCUCAAAUCCUUGAGAAAACAGAGGAGGCUUUCUAUUCCAAAAUCAUUGACAUUCUAAGGGUGGCUGCAGACAUAUGCUAUAACAGAAUUAAGGAGAUACCUUGCAUAUAUUGCCUAAACAAACCAGAGGGGUCCAUGUUUGUAAUGGUGAAGCUGAACCCAUCAUUGUUGGAAGACAUUAAUGAUGACAUGGAAUUCUGUCUCAAGCUUGCUAAAGAGGAAUCAGUCAUCGUUUUACCAGGGAUAGUUGUGGGAAUGAAUAAUUGGCUCCGCAUAACCUUUGCUGUUGAACCUUCAGCACUUGAAGAUGGGCUUGGGAGGAUUAAAGCCUUUUAUUACAGGCAUGCCAAGAAGUAAUAAAUCUAUAUGAAGUCAUGAAAUGGAGUAUGGUGAUCAAAAUAGCUACUUGAUCUCCUCUCCUGCUUCAUAGUUUACUCUUGCUAGUGACUGCAAAUAAAAUCAGCUCUUUCUCAGUAUGAGCAAUUCGAUAAAAAAAAACAUAAGAAAAAGUGGGCAGUGGUGGUCGGCAACUCCUCGUUGGACCACAGAUGUGAUUUGGCAUUCACACAAUGUUCGUAUAUAAUUAAGUUGCUUAAAUUGCUUAUGUUUGACUUGAUUUGUUCAGUUCACCAUUUUAUGAAAAGGAUUCUACGGAUUUCUUUGAUC